AUGGACGUCCUUCGUGGUGCCGCCUGGGCACCGCAUCCUUCCUCAGCACUGCAAUCGCCGCCUCCUCGUCGCAUUUCAACUCAAGCCGGCCAGCGACUGUCUGCCGUCGUCUCCGAAAGACCGCCGUCUUCACAUUCAAUGUCGUCGCCAUCGCAGAGACUUACCAGCCGCUGGAGCGAUUCCACUCAUAUGGCAAGGACUAUACCGCGAACCAGUCAUGAUACUAUGCCACCGCCAUACGUCUUGAACCCCAGCGGCGUAGAAGGGAAUAAGCUUGUCGCAAUCGGACCUGUCGUGCGCCAAAGAGGAGGAUGCAAAAGGAUAGGGUUUCUGGUGCUGGCUGCAUUGAUUAUCAUUGGCCUUGGAAUCGGUCUGGGUGUCGGCUUGACACGAAAUGGAGGAGGAAACAAUGGCCAAGCUGGAGCACACCCAGGAGAGCCAGGCAUAUCCCAAUCACAGUACCCUGUGGGCGAGUACAGUCUUGUAACAGCCCUGCGCGUCGUUCAAACCAACUGCACUUCGAAUCCUGAUACCUGGCGAUGCUUCCCAGGCGCUACCUUUGACCAAUCGCCUGCUUCUUCUUUGGCCACUUUCAACUGGAUUCUGUCCAAUACAUCUGCUUUGUAUGCCACCAAUAGCAGCGACAUGACCACAUCUGCCCAAGGUGUUGCCGCGAACAUGACCAUUUCCGCUUCCAACAACCCGUUCAGCAUUUCCUUCGACUCGGCUCCUUUGACAUUCAUCAACGACACGUCUCCACGCUAUACCUUUGCUGCGAACGUGUCUCAGAAGAUCAUCCCAGCUUCGAACAUCACUGCAGACGACAGGUCCACUGCCUGCUUUUUCAACCAGUCUCAAGUCAUAGGAACCCUUCACCUUGAUAAUACCUUUGCUCAGCAAUACACCUUUACUGGUAACAAUGCGAGUUACACCCUAUGGCCGUACGCUGUCCAAGUCGAGUUGGUGAGCCCUGGCGGUCAGAACACACCAGCUUGCUAUUACACGACCAAUGGCGUGAUUGGCGCCCAAGUCACCGAUGCGUUUACUGCUCAACCAGCUGAGGACGAAUGCCUCUGCCAGUACCAAAACUAUUUCUGA